AUGCCUGCCUUCUCUCGCACCCUCGCUGUUUUCGCUCUCGCUGCCGUCUUUGCUGUUGCGACACCUGUUCCUCGCGACAAUCUUGUCAACUGCGCAAUCUCGACUACGAACGGCGUCGUUCAAGUGACGGAGAAGAAUGUCGCAAGCUUCCAAUCGAAUGCGCAGUUUAUGAGUCUCAAUCCGACCUUCAACGCUGUCUGGGCCGACUGCUGCAAGAAACAAGGCUUUAUGGGCGAAACUAUUCAGCAGGAGGGUACUGGAUUCCGUGAAAGCACCCCGAACCAACAAGCUGCCGCCAAAGUGCAACCCGAAUCGCAACUCUCUCAGCCUUUGAAGGAGGUGCAAGCAACUGACAACACCGCCAUCAAGCAGAUUGUCGCCGACACCAACCCAGCCACCACCAACAAGAAGAACUCUGAGACUCUUGCUGUCAACUUGGGAGACAACGCCGUCAAGAAGAUCGAAGAUCCAAAGUCUUUGCCAGUCGCAUCGACAGAGCAGAAGAUUACCACUCUUGCGGAGAAGCCUGUCUCGAACGACCCUUCUAACCAGCGCACCCAAGGAUCUAGCUCCAAUCCCCCGACGAGUAUCGAAGAGACCAUUUCUCCCAACAACCAGCAAACCACGGCCAAGACGCAGAAGACGACUGUCAACGAAUCGGCUCAACCUCCCGUUGUCAACCUGCCUCUCAACCUCGGCACUGAUCUCAACAAGGCCGUUUCCGAGGUCAAACCUGUUGAACAACAACUCGAGAAGGCGAUUACUCAUGCUGAGAGUUGCGACUGCAAGAAGCCGUAG